UUUACUAAUUCCCACUCCCAACUCUCGUGAACAGUACCAAAUUGGAGUAAGCGUUUGACGAUCUGUUAGUUUAGUCCUCUUUAUUAUCUAAAGUAAGCUCUCUUGUUUUUUUAUUCAUCACUUCUUAUCUGUUUUCUUCGAUUUACCGCAUAUUUGAAUUUGAAGUCAAUUGACGUUCUGUAUUACCGCAUCCACCACAGCGAUUAUAGUUUUCAAAGUUUUUAUAACUUUUUAAGCCUUUUGCAUUGAUUUUGAUAGCAAAUUUUUGACUUAUUUUGCUUAUUUUCUGACAAUGAAUCCUGAACGUUGGGCGGCUGAUUUGUUUGGCAAUGUUAAAGACUUUAGUCUACAUGUGCUAGACUUUGUCCAUGAAAAAAGUACUUCUUCAAACCCACCUGCUGCUCCUCCUGUCAAACCUCUGGGCAGUCAAUUUGUUUCCUUCAUGAACCGUAAUAGAGUCUCCGUUGGUUUGGGUUCUGCUGCUAUAUUUCUUGCUGGUCUCUCCUAUUACAAGCGCUAUGACUACGUGAAGAAACGUCGAGCUCCUCGAGCUCCUAACCACCAGAAAACCCAGGUGAUGGUGCUUUCGGCCUGGAAUUCCUUAGCUUCCAUUAUUGCACACGAUUUGGAUCGCCGGGGCUUCAUCGUCGUAGUUUUGGUUCGUGAUGCUUCGGAGGCUGCUACCGUCUCUAUGCAACAGCGUCCUUACAUUCAAUCGUUGAUUGUGACUCAAAACGAAGCAGUAGAAAGAUUUUUAUCUUCUUUUUCGAACCAAAGGGGUCCCAAAGAAUAUGCUCUUCGUCUUCGUGGUCUUGUGCUUGUUCCAACUGGAGAUUCUUUGUACACGCCAAUUGAAAAUAUUGGAAAAGAUGCUUGGUUCCAUGCCUUUCAACAACUCGGCGAAUCUUUUGCCAAUGUUUCUCGUCUAAUUCCAGUGCUAAAAGAUCAAAAGUCCAGAAUUAUUGGCUUGUCCCAUGGAAUUCUCUCCGCAUAUGAACCUCCCAACUAUGCCAUUCCUUCUAUCCUUUCUUCUUCCAUUGAAACCUUUUUACAUACCUUGAAAAGAGAAAGUGGCCUUCGUGUUGUUUGUAUAAAACUUGGUAAUCUCAGCUUUUUGAACUACGAUCAUUCUAGUUCCCCUGCUUCUGGCGUCUAUCCACCGGCUGUUUGCACAGAGCGCAAAGUACUAAACAAAAUUUUUGAUUGCUUACUUGAUUUUUGGAGCACUCCUAAUCGUCACGUCGGAAGCCGUACCUUUUUCUUAAUUCAUAUUUCUCAUUUUCUUCCUACUUGUGUUUUGGAUGUAAUGUUUUCCUUUUUUCAUAAAACCAAACAUUUGUCCUGCGCAUUAGUAAAACGAGUUUAAUACGCCUAUGCCUAGGUUGUAUUAAGGUAUGAAUUUUGAAAGCUUUCUUCUUAUGUCUUUUUAGUGAUGAUGACUUAGGGCUCAUAUACUUUUUUAGUAUUGAAUCAAUUAUUAAUUUUCUCUUCAAUGUACAUUCAUGUGCUCAAGUCUGUCCUGAUAUCGCAGAUGCAUUAGCUUAGACCCUACCUAUUUCGCUGUGUGCUGUUUCCCGUCGUUACAAAGCAAUUCUAUCACAACUAUAGCGUAACAUUAAGUUUUAUCUGAAACCCUUUAUGAAAAGACAUUCACCUCUCGUAAAUUGUUCUUCAUUACAAUUCAUUCAUCAUGCUCUAUAGAUACUCGAAUAUAGUAAGCUUGUGAUAGAACAUGGCGAAUUUCAGGUGCUCUACCCACUAUUUCAUUGUCAGUCAAUUCACUUACUCUUAUAAAUAAUCUCACACCAUUAAUGUUACUACACACAUAAUAAAAAAAUGUCGCC